UGAUACUAUUCUAGUUGUCCUAUAAGGUGAUCAAUACUCUCAUUAUAAUUGCUGCCGCAUCAAAUCAUUGUAUUGAAAAAGUAAACGUAUUUCUCUGGUUAACUUUUAGGAGAACAUUUUAACCAGAGACGUUUUGUAACAUAGAGGAUGGACGGGGAACGCUUAAAUGUCCAUUCUGUGAUGAGAAUGAGAGUAUUGAUCACUUUUUUUCAGAUGUGCAGUGGCAAGAUAUAUGUACGAAAUGUGGUGAGGUGUGCGUUUAAUCCCUGCCGGCCCCUAUUUGUUUUGAUGAUAAUACAUCAUACAUGGAUGCCGCAAUAGUUUUGAUCCAAAAUCGAGGAACUUAGUAGUGUUGGUGUAGGAGCGGUUAUUUGGACGUUGUGGAAAGCCCGCUAUGCCGCAUGCUUUAGGAAUGUUUUCCUUGCGGAGCCUGUUAUUCUGAUUUUUAGCAUAUCACAUUACAUAUCCUUCUGGGCAAUUUUUCAGAAAACAAGAGCUAAAAAAUUGCAGCGUAGCGAAGCAAGACUUCUAGUUGUGAUGGCCACUGAGAUCUCCCACUGGAGAAUGGGGUGGGGGCCUCUACAGAAACUUGAAGUUAAAAUUGAUCGGUUAUACUAGCUGCUAUUUGGAGGAUCACUUGAAGCAAAUCUUGUUUUGUAUGAGUUUGCAAAAGGGCAUGCUGUUAAUUAGUUGUUGGCCCGCAAUAGGAGUAGUUUUGGCUGUUUUGUUGAAUGAUCAUCAGCAUGUGGGCCAUGGUCGGUUCCUGGUAUAGCUGCGACCAGGACUCCCUGUGAAAACUGAUGUAUGUUGUGUGCUCAAUUUCCGGUCCAAAGGCUCCGAACUGUCUAUGGGCCAUGGUCUAUUCCUGGCAUGUCUUAGUGCUAUCCAAUGGCAAAAUCAGUCAUAGAAACUCUAAUUCAUGAAAGAAUGUACUUCUGCUUGAUAGAUUCAAUAUGUUUUAAUGGGGAAAUGCUGAAGAGCAUAAGGAGGAACUGCAAUGACCUGGUUGACUCAAACUUAUGCACAAUUACGGCUUUUGUCAUGAUUGAUGCAAUACCCACAGGGUAGAGAAGAUACGCAAAAUGUCUUUGAUGGAAAUGUGGGAUCAGAAAAAAAAAUUUGCUUGUUGCUGGCAGCAACGGUCGCUGGACUUGCUUGACAAUAGCAAUUUCCGAAGUAAAUCACGUAUGGCAUCCAGAAAAGGCUGUUCCAGGUAUCAUGUAUGAUAUGAAGAACUACACAACAAAACUUUAGUGUGGUACCUUUUAAAUUCCUUUUAAAGCUCAGUUGUAGAAUAAGUGUUUAUGCCUGUGAGAAUUUGCUCUUUGUUUCUCUUCCUGGUGUUGAUAACACAAUCUGUAUUGUAGAACCUCGUUCAUGACAGAUAUUUAUCUGAGAGAAUAAUGCAUCAUGUGCCUUUUUUUACCUUCCGAAAUAGUCUUGUCUGUCAAUACACCCUUCAUACAAGUGGUGUUCUUCUGAAUUCUACCAACAUCCGUGUUUGUGCAGUGUCCAGCACUGGAACCAAAAAAACUAGUCGAUUGUAUCAGUAGUAACAAAUGGAUGAAGUUGAUCCUUUGCCAAUCGUAGCGAGUCAGACACGAAAUCCUGCAUAUUGCUAUCCUGAUUUGUGGUAUCAGUUUUUGUUUUUCUCUUUUGUUUAUUGUUUUUGUUUUUUGAGGGGAUGUAGUAUCAGGUUUCGGUGUUGGUUCAGUUUUCUGGUAAGUCGAGCAAGUACUCUCUUUGUCCGUCCGGAAUUAGUUGUCGUGCAAAUAGACGUCCGUCUGAAAUUAGUUGUCGUGGAAAUGGAUGUAAUUCCGGACGGAGGUAAAUCAGGGUGUGAUUGUGACGCCGUGAUGUGCCAGUUGCAGGGCUGUAUUUGCAGCUCGGUUCACCCGGUUGCUAUGGUUUGCCGGUGUGUGCCGCGUACGUAGCAGGUGAAGUUCUGGAUAAGCAUGUUGCUCACCAUCCUCUGCUACAUCGGCCCCCGUCAGGACGUCAAAUGGUUUCAUCCUUCGCCGAUCGUAGUGAUUAGUGAGCCAGACACGAAAUCUGUGUUACCAUCAUCUACAAAACCGGUUUCAAAAAACAAAAAAGAUCAUCUCCAAAACCUCGACCCAGCUGGUCUCUAGGAGAAAACAGACUCGCUCCUGCCGAAACUCGACUGGACGGGUCUAACUUUGCAACCCUGGUCAAAAAUUUCAAGUUGCAACUGGCACAGUCGGAAAUGUCUAGUCUAAUCUAAAUAUUGUGACACGAGUCAGCGCGCGCGCGGUCGGUCGCUGGUCGAGGAGUUUAUACCCUUCGUUCCACCGAAUGGACAGAAGCAAGGAGCGCUCCGUCAGUCCUUUCCUCGCCCCACCCCCGCCUCCGCUUCCGGCGACCGCGAGCAGCACCUGCACCGGGGACAGCGGCAUCCACCGGAGGAGGAGAUGGAGACGGCGCCGGGCUCGCGGUGCCGCCGGUGCCUGGAGAUCCUGUGCGCCGUCCUCCUCCCGCCGCUCCGCGUCUACCUCCGCCACGGCUUCUGCUCCAUGCGGUUCUUGAUCAGCGUGCUGCGCACCAUCAUCGGCUACUACUUUUGCCUUCUCUUCGUUAUUCAAGCCCCCGUCAUGGGUUACGUGCGGAACUGCCUCACCUUCUUCUGCGUCUUGCUCCUCGUCGCAUUCCUCAACCGCCCCAGUAAUGGCGAUGACGACGACGCCGACGAAGACGACGACUCCGCCACCGCCGCCUCCUACGUCUUGGUCGCCUGACCGUGUUUGAAGAUUCCAUGCCGUGUGGAUUGUCAGUUCCACAACGAGAUUAUUUGGGCGAGGCCUUGCCAUUGUAUCAAAUUGAGUUCUUUUUUAUUUAUUUUUGCUGGUAAAAUUGAGUUUAUUAUUGACCCGUUUAAAUCUCAACCUCCUAUGUGCCUCAUUGUGUGUUUUUUACAAAGGGUGAAUUUUAGUUUAAAAUGAAGCGUCAAAGU